AUGUCCGCCCCCGUCACCUCCCUGUGGUGGCCAGAGGAUCGCGUGAAAGCCACCCUCUGCCCGGAAUAUGUCUUUAGCCAGCUUCCUUCCCAUGUCUUGCACCGUCUGGUCGCUUCGCUGCCCUGGGGAGAGGGCUUGACCAGCGAAUCCUACCUCGACUGCAUCAUUGCCAAGGCGGGCAGACUCUUUCUCAUCCUCGUCGACAUCGGCAUCCCCGAUCGGAUCUUCACCUUGAUCGAUGAGUCUCUGGAUGACUCGGAUCUGCCGUUCUCCGCCUCCAGCGUCAAGCGCCUGCCGCUAUCUGCCGAGGACCCGGAUCCCGAUCUCGAUCAUAGGUUCUUCCUGGCUCAAUGGCGGUUCAUUGUACGCGGAAUCCCCGCGGGGGACCAUGUGAAAUACACCCAGAACGAGGGCGUACCGGUCGAGCUGCUACGCACAGGGCCAUCCUUGGUAAGAGAAGGCGUUGAAAAGGUGGUGCUGGCCGGUGCGCCCUGUCGUGUCCUCCUGCGCACGCAAGUCACCGUCGGCGGAGCACCGCACUUCUUCGAGGAGAACGAGGUAUUGGAGGAGAUUCGCUCCUUGAGGCGAUUGGCCCAUGACCAUGUUUACUCGAUCUAUGCAUCCUACUUUGUGGACAACACGGUUUGCAUCUUAUUCUCCGGAGUCUAUGAACGCACUCUCAUGUCCUUUCUCACUGACAUGCCGCAACCAUUCAAGCGUCUCCCGAAAGACAAGCGACGGCAGAUAUUGGUAAAUUGGCCGCAUUGUCUAGCCAAUGGAUUGUCUUGGCUACAUGCGCACAGCCACGCGCACAGCGUCAUCCGCCCGUCCAACAUCUUGGUCGAUGCUGAGUUCCGGGUCUACCUAGGUCAAUUUGAGGCACUCGACACGCUGCUGUCUCCGGCCAAGCUGGAUGACGUUGAGUCAUAUCAGUAUGGGUCCCCAGAGCGCUGGGUGCGCUCGGUGAGCGUUCAAGAUACGAAUGUCACGCGACCCACGAUAAGUCUCCCCUCUGGGAGUCGUUCCGCGCGCAAACAGUCAUCCGCAUCGUCCACCCGCCCGUCGUUCCUUAGCCUGUCGAGACUCCGCGGCUCUCUGCCGUCGGAUGGCGAGACGGACAGUCCACGCGCAGAUUCCGUCACCUCGCAAGGCACUGCCAUUCGCAUUGGCAUGCAAGGCUCCUCGUCACGCAUCUCUUUCACACAGUCAUCCUCCUCCGGAUCGAGUACGGGGAGUGUCCGCAAGCGCGCCAUCGGAUCCAUCAAACGGCCCAUGUUCUAUACGCCCUCCAUCACCUCCUCCCACUCCUCGGGGUCGUCUUCCGCUGCCUCUGCGAUUUACCACCCAAUCGGCUACCCCAUCAUUGGCACCAACGCUGCCAUAGUUCAGACAUGGCAAACCCGCCAAACCGACCCGGAAGCCUCCGAUAUCUUCUCCCUGGGGGCUGUGAUCCUCGAUAUCUUCACCGUUCUCUGCAAGCGUAAGCUGUCCGCCUUCUCGCACCACCGUGGAGCCAAGAAUCGCACUGCUGGCCGUGGAGGCGGCGUUGCCGACUGCUCCUUCCACCUCGAUCGAAACGCCGGCCAGGUAUGUUCGUGGAUCACGCUCCUGGACAAUGAUGCCAAGAAACACAAAGACCCUAUCUUCCAGGCCGUCCGCCCGAUGCUCGAUGUCGUGCGCGUCAUGCUGAGCAGAGAUCCCAUCGACCGCCCCUCGGCGUUCCAGGUCGAACAGCGCUUCGCGUGCGCGCUUCAGAAGCUGGACGGCGUUCGGCCCCUGCACUGCGCAUCUAAACUCCAACACCACGCACCACGAUCCCAGAAUGCUCUGCGCGUGGGCACCCACAAGAACGCCGAUCUAUCCUCAAACAACCUGAUUGUCCCGCGCGCAGGGCCCGCAGCGCCCCGGUCACCUUCCUCUCUCAGCAGCGUCCCUGCUCCCACGGAGUACUCCCCCACUGCGCAAACCGCCCCCAGCCCCUCCGGAGGCCCCGUGAGCUACCAACCCUCCUCGACCGCCUCAAUUUCCAGCUCCAGUCUCCCCGACUGCUAUCUGACGGAUAGCUAUAUCACCGCCAGCAGCGACACGGACCACGAACACGACCGGUACAUCAGCUCCAGGACUGCAUCCCCGUCCCCCUGGCUGGAUCCAGAGUAUGCGUCCGGCCCGACCAUGCACCAGGAUCCUUCGUGGAACUAUAGUAUGGCCAUGAGGAAGAACUAA